AGGGCAAGCAGGCUGAGAGUCAAUCCAGUGCUCAGCUCCUCUCUGCAGACUGGGAAAAGAGUGAGAGAAAGAAGGCAAGAAAACGCUUCCAGAAGCAGGAGGAAACGCAGAAGGAAGAAAUCUGGCAAGCAGAGACUUUCAGAGGAAGACCUGAUCACGGAUAUCGUUUAUAUAUAGAAAUUGUUUAUAUAUAUAUCUAUAUAUAUUUGUACACACGCAUAUUGAUAUUUAUAGAAAUAUAUAUGUAUACAUAUAUACCUGUAUAUAAUUGUAUUUGUGCUCAUCUGUUUAUAUUGAUAUUUUUAUAUGUACUUGUGUGUGUGUAAAUAUAUACAUAUAUAAACAAAUGAAUAUAUAUAUCUAUGAAUUUAUAUACAUAUCACUGUGAAGCAACAGAAGCAAGAAGAGAACUCGACCAUCGGGGCUGGUCUCUGAUUCCGAGAUCAUACACACUAUUUUCAGCAUUAUUUUUCCAAGCCUUUUGCAUCGACCGGAGGAAGACUACCAAGCUUUUUCUAUUUUUCAUCACCCUGUUGCUACCUCCUCAUCUCUUUUUGUGGAUCGCCAGGAACAAAGAGGAGGAUAACAGGGUUUGUGAAGAUUUCUGCCAUUUGUGCUGCCGUUCUGCGCGCUGCGUUUGAUCUGAGCAGGCAGCAGCAGCAGCAGUGAGAUAGAAAGAGACAGAGAGCGCUGCACCGCGUGAACUAGCCAGCAUGCACAAACAUCACCACUGCUGCAAGUGCCCAGAAUGCUAUGAAGUGACCCGCAUGGCCGCCCUGCGCAGGAUGGACGCCCCAGCAUAUGGAGACUGGCAGCCCGAACCCUACGGAUACCCAGCCGGCUAUGGGGGCGGCCAGACCUUACCGCCCCAGACCUCGGGUGGAGGAGGGGGAAUGGGUGGAGGGGGCACUUUGGGGAGAAGUAAAGGGAAAAUGAUGUCAGCUGGGGGUCCUGGAGGUCCCAACCCCAAAAGCCAAUCCAAGGGCGGCCCCAAGGUGAAUGGUAACAACUCAGGAGGGCAAGGAGGAUGGUGGCCCGAGUGCACCUGUUCCAACCGGGACUGGUAUGACCAGGUGAAUGGGAGUGAUGGCAUGUAUAAAUAUGAAGAAAUCAUUUUGGAGAGGGGCAACUCUGGCCUUGGGUUCAGCAUUGCUGGAGGCAUGGAUAAUCCACACAUUCCUGAUGAUCCAGGAAUUUUCAUCACUAAGAUCAUCCCAGGAGGUGCAGCUGCCAUGGAUGGGAGACUAGGGGUAAAUGACUGUGUUCUGCGGGUGAAUGAUGUGGACGUGUCAGAGGUUGUGCACAGCAAGGCAGUAGAGGCUUUGAAGGAGGCAGGCCCAGUGGUCAGGUUGCUGGUGCGCAGAAGACAGGCUCCUCCUGAGACCAUUUUGGAGGUCAAUCUGCUCAAAGGGCCUAAAGGUCUUGGCUUCAGUAUUGCUGGGGGAAUAGGCAACCAGCACAUCCCGGGUGACAACAGUAUCUACAUCACUAAGAUCAUUGAGGGUGGUGCGGCACAGAAGGAUGGACGACUGCAGACGGGCGAUCGCCUAUUGGCUGUGAAUAACAUUAUACUUCAGGAUGUGCGUCAUGAGGAGGCUGUGGCCGCCCUGAAGAACACUUCAGACAUGGUUUAUCUGAAAGUGGCCAAACCGGGACCAGUACAUCUCAACGACAUGUACGCCCCACCAGACUACUCCAGCACCUUCCCCACCAUGGUGGACAACCACGUCGGACACAAUUCCAGCAUGGCCUACAUGGGGGGCAUGGAGCCUAAACCAGUGUACCAGCCACCCCAGGUCACCCCAUCGCGGUACUCACCGGUCCCACGACACAUGCUGGGGGAGGAAGACUUCACCAGGGAGCCGCGGAAGAUCCUGCUGCACAAGGGUUCCACAGGCUUGGGAUUCAACAUUGUGGGCGGUGAGGAUGGAGAGGGCAUCUUUGUGUCUUUCAUCUUGGCAGGAGGGCCAGCCGAUCUGAGUGGAGAGCUGAGGAGAGGAGACCGUAUCCUGUCGGUGAAUGGAGUAAACUUGCGCAACGCUACCCAUGAGCAGGCUGCCGCUGCACUGAAGAGGGCUGGACAGACGGUCACCAUCAUUGCCCAGUACAGACCAGAAGAAUACAGCCGUUUUGAGUCCAAGAUCCACGACUUGAGGGAGCAGAUGAUGAACAGCAGCAUGAGCUCUGGCUCCGGCUCGCUCCGCACCAGUGAGAAACGCUCCCUCUAUGUCAGAGGCUCUUUUGACUAUGACAGGACCAGGGACAGUUGCCUCCCCAGCCAGGGUCUGAGUUUCUCCUAUGGGGACAUCCUGGCAUGUCAUCAAGCCUCGGAUGAUGAGUGGUGGCAGGCACGGCUGUAACACCCCAUGGGAAGUGAGCAAAUUGGGGGUCAUACCAAGCAAGAAAAGUGGAAAAGAAAGAAGCGCGCACGGUUUAAAAAAACGGGUCAAAUUCCCACGCAAGGACGGCAUGGAAUUGAGUCCAACCGGGACUUCCCAGGGUUAAGCGAUGACUUUUAUGGAUCAAAGAGUUUGAAGGGGCAGGAAGACACAAUUCUCUCAUAUGAGCCAGUAAUUCGACAGGAGAUCCAUUACACAAGGCCUGUGAUUAUCCUGGGUCCGAUGAAGGACAGAGUAAAUGAUGACUUGAUCUCAGAGUUUCCCCACAAGUUUGGAUCCUGCGUUCCACAUACAACUCGUCCUCGGCGAGAGAAUGAGAUGGACGGCCAGGACUACCACUUUGUGGGUUCAAGGGAGCAAAUGGAGAAGGACAUUCAGGACAACAAAUUUAUCGAGGCCGGCCAGUUCAACGAGAAUCUGUACGGGACCAGCAUCCUGUCUGUUCGGGCAGUGGCUGAAAGGGGCAAACACUGUAUCCUGGACGUGUCUGGAAACGCCAUAAAGCGACUGCAGCAAGCACAGCUCUAUCCAAUCGCCAUUUUCAUCAAGCCAAAAUCUGUGGAGGCCCUAAUGGAACUCAAUAAGCGGCAGACGUACGAGCAAGCCAAUAAAGUCUUUGACAAGGCAAUGAAGCUGGAACAGGAGUUCGGAGAGUUUUUCACAGCCAUAGUCCAGGGUGACUCACUAGAUGAGAUCUAUAAUAAAAUCAAGCUGAUCAUAGAGGAGCAGUCAGGCCCUUACAUCUGGAUCCCGUCUGCAGAGAAGCUCUGAGCUGGCCGCCUCCACCUGACCCCCCCCGUACCCACUCCCACCCGACACCUUCCCUCCUUCACUGAUAUGUUUCAUAUCAAGUUUUAGUGUCAUCAUUAUGUUACCCUCAAAUGAAAAUCGUCUUCUCACCAUUACUGUGACUGUGCACACCCCUGCAUGAGUUUCUCAGCAAUUCCAUUCAAGAUUGGAAAUGCCAUUCCUAACGAAAUCUUUUUGUCAUGUAAAACAAACAAAAAAAGGGAAACCUGAGCGAAUCAUUUCGGACAAACUUGUCGAAGAUGAGAAUGUCUUAACGAAGUGACUUCGGGGAGUUGGAGAGCGGGAACCUUGUAUAUGUUCACUGAAAAAGACAUUCGAGGAUGCUGUGUGAGGGUUUUUCUACGAGGACUACGCCUGCUGACGGUACCGUCACUGCUCGUGCUCAUACACAGAGAACUUGCAAACUGAUGGUGAUCUUCAGUACUCACUAAUCAGCUGGCUUCGAUCGGCUGCCUGGCCGUUUGUAUGUUCAGAGCAGAACAAAAUGGAAAACGGGGUUUGAAGAAAUACAUUUAUAUUACUGAAAUCACAUGGAAAUAAAAAUCCUACAGAUUUUACUACAUAAUACGAAAUGAAUACGGUACACAUUUUACACUUAACUAGAACUGACUACUCGGAGGGCUGUUAGAUUUCAUUUACUUGUCUUUGGGUUUUUGUGUUCUUUCUUUCUUGUGGUUUUUAGCUGCUCUGUAUUAAAGAUGGGGGGUAGAGAGGUGUAACUGGGCUCUCUGCAGACCACCAAACUGCCUUACGACGACGAGUAAACGCUUCUGUCAAAUUUGUGGGGGGGAUCAAUAAUAUUCAACCUGUCAGUGCUUAGCGGGAGACUCAGUUUUAGUGCUGUUUGUGAGUUUCCCGUCCAUCCUAUUGGAGGCCUAACUUGUGAGUGCAAUAGACUGAAGUGUCUUACCUCUGUAAAAUCCUUCUUUUUUUUUCUUUUUGCUUUGCUGUUUGUUUGUUUUUUUUACUUUAGCAAAAUCCAGUUUCGGCCACCAUUGGAGUUAUUGAAAAGCAGACAGCCCACUUGCACUUCCUCUGCCUUCCAUGACUAUAUUCUCUUCAGACUGAACGGUAACAAGGUACUGUCCUGUUAGCUGCCCUGGAGUGCAGCCUUAAAACGGGUAGAAUCAAGACAAUAAUUGUAUUGGAUGUCCUUCUUAAUAUUAAAGCGUUAGUGGAGCCUGAAAUUGACAGUUUUCCCCAAGAACUCGACGAUGGUUUGAUUAAAUCUGUUCUUUGUAAUGACAGCUUUUAAAUGAUUUUUUUUUUCUUCGACUUUAUUUCCGGGCUGAUGUUUACUCCACUGUGUUGAGCCUUGGGCCGGGCGAGCUCAGGAAUCUGAUGGAAAACUACUGCUUUUUUUUUUUAUCGAUAAGCCACUAAAGGGCCGCAAUCAUAUUGUGAUCAAGUAGAGUACGAACUCAAGGGAUGAUUUCCAAUCCUCUACCUGAACACCCAGACAUGCUGAUAUAUUAUACUUGUGUAUUCUAAAUAUUUAGUCCUUUUUUUUUAUUUGAUACUUUGUAAGCACUGUGUCUUACAUCAGUGUUCAGCCUGGAGAGAACGGGAUUGUGCUGGAACGGGACGGUGCUCACCGGUACAGAAGUACUUCCUUCAGUCUCUUGGCUCCCUCAAGAAGGCGAAUUUUUGUUUCUGUAUUGAGAAGUCUGGAUCCCGUGUAAAUGCAGGGAUAUCCAUCCCUGGCCCCUCUCUCUUUAUCUCUCCUGACCCGCAGGCAUUUUCUAAACAGGUGCGCUCACCUGCCAAGCAUCUCUGCGAAAUCAGCUGUCAUACCUGUGUCAAAACCAGAGUUCAGGGAAUAAUCGAAGGGAACAGAGCCAUUUAUAAACUGCUUACAGACUGUUUUAAUGGGUAUGAUAGCUGUAAAGUGUAAAUAUCGGCCCUCACUUGUGCUUCAUGCAUGUGUGAUACAACUGGGACAAACAUGUUUUUAUAAAUCACAAAUGUCAGGUAAGUAAACUUUGAAUUUAUUCUGAGAUUAAUUAAUUUCCAUACAAAUGUGCCGUAACGUUGGUAUUUUAUCUAUAGAAAAGAAACUAUCUUCAGCUGCCUAUCGGAACAUUUUUUUAGCGAGUCGGGAACUAGCUUCCCUACAUUACGGCCUGUCUACUUGUGAUAUCUUGUGGAACUUGUCUGAGUGUAUAGAUGAAAAACCAAUGUAAAAAAUUAUAUAAAUAUAAAUAUAUAUAUAUAUAUAAAGAGACAUGCGGACAGCAACCCGUAGAGUGAUAUUAAACCAGACGCAUAAAUAACUCAUUUAACGUAGAUCUGGCCCUCUGUGGUGUCGAGCGGAAACGCAGCUGACCCUUCGCACCAAUGAUGCUGGUCAGCCAUGUUGGUGAAGCCCAAAGAAUUCAUUGUACUAUAUUUCUACUGAGGUGGAUUGAAUGAGAGCAGCUCUGGUGUACUAAUGAGGGUCUGUGCUCUGGAAGGCAUGAGCGUCAAAUGGGGAGGGAAGGGGUCUGGUUUGUCUUUUUGAGUGAUUAUGAGUUUUUGAUGUGACAGCACACCUGUGCAGUAAGUGCUUGCAAAUAUGAACCCUCUGAUUGUACAGUAGUGUCCUCCCCAUGAUCACAGGUGGUACAGCCUAUCAGGACACGAGGAAAACCGCUCUUUUAUAUCCUGGUCAGGAGGGAACACAGUCCUACCAAUUACUAUUAUUUUGUUUUAUGUUGAUUUAUUUUUUCUUUUCUUUUUGGACUGGACAAGAGUUUAUUUGUUUGGAAAUAAACUAUGUGACUCUGUUACGAUUUCAA